AUGGUUUUUGAAAAUUUCUUUCGAACACAAAAAAAAUCUGAACCUAUACUUCCACCUUCUUCUCCUCCUCCUCCAGCUAUUACUAUUGAAAAAGAAAAUGAUAAUCGAUAUAUAAAUGCAUUAAAAGAUUUCAAACCUACUUCACUUGAAGAUUAUGGUUAUUAUUUUUUUCCGGAAAGAUUCGGUCAUGAAUAUAAAUUAACAAUACCACAACGUAUUUUACAACUUUCAAUUCCAUUUGAUUCUGCUUCACGUGAUUUAGCAAGAAAACUUGAAUGUGAAAAAUAUGUUAUUAAAUCAAUUGAAUCAAAUCCAAUGAUUAAAACACUUGUACAAGCACUUGCGGAUAAUAAUUGUCCGAUUGAUUUAUCACGUCAUUUUAGUUGUGAAUAUUGUGAUAAUGCAAUGCCAACUGGAAUGUUUGAUCCAGCAACGAAUCAAAUAGUUGUUUGUCAAAAUCAAAUAGCUUAUUUCGAUACAUGUAUUAUAACAGGACUUGUUCAAGCAUUUGAUUAUUGUCGAAAUAAAGUUGACGUACAUAAUUUACGUCAUUUUGCAUGUAGUCAAAUACGUGCAUUAAAUUUUACGGAUUGUAGUUUAACGAAAGGAUGUUAUGUAGAUCUUCGUGUUAAACGACGAUAUCAUGCAUGUUUAGAAAAAGAAGCAGUACAACGAUUACGUAUGAUGCGUUCAGUAGAAGAAAAAGAAGCAAAACAGAUAGUUAAAGAUGUUUUUCGACCAUGUCGAUAUGAUUUCGAACCAUUUGGAGAAGAUCCAAAACUUAUUGCAAAAGAAAAAUUUAUUUUCAAUGAUUAUGAACGAUAUAAACGAUGGUCAAAGACAACCGUAUAG